AUUCGAUGGUAUCAAAAUAUAAACAGAAAACAAGCCCUCUUCUAAAAGUCUCUCCAUUUUCCUAAAGAAUUUUCUCUUGAUUAUCUCCCUAAAUAAAUUGCAAAUAUGACAGAGGAACGUGUUUGUUUCACGUGCCAAAGAUGCUCCCAACCCUUAGCCUUAGAUGAUUCAUUUAGUAAUAUUAGCGAACAUGAAAAAGCAGAAUUAAAUUUACCUUUACAUAGUAAUACAGAUGUUGAUUUGGAAUCACAAAUGACUAGUUUUGAUAAUUAUGUUCAUCCCUUCAGAUUGUCAGAAUCUGGUAAUGGUGUAAAUGGUUUUCUAUUAAUAUCAGAUGAAGAGGAUGAUACUUCUCUCCCCAGUCACAAAGCAAGGAUUUAUACCCACCUAUUUGACGCAAUAUCCGGAAACUCAAACAUUGACCAUCCACUUUGCGAGGAAUGCGCUGAUUAUAUGAUGGAAAUAAUGGAACAAGAGAUUGAAAUGAAACAAACAGAUUUGAAGGAUUAUGAGGAAUACUUGAAAAGGCUGGAGAAUGAUAAGAAAGAAUUAAAAUUAGGAGACUUGGAAAAGGAGUUGGCUGAGUUAAAAGCUCAAGAAGCUAGAUUUUUAGAAGAGCUUGAAUCCAUAAAUAAGGAAGAACAAGAAUUAAAGAAAGCUAUAGCUGAGCAGAAAGAAUUUGCAGAUCAACUAGAAAAGAAUGAGAAAAAAUACUAUAAAGAACAUGCCAAACAUUCAAGGGAUUUGAUGAGAAUUGAAGAUGACGCUAGAAGUCUCCAGAACUCAAUGAAUUUCACAUCAACCCAUCUUGAGAAGUUGAAAAAUACAAAUGUGUUCAACUCCACAUUCCAUAUAUGGCAUAAGGGUCACUUUGGUACCAUAAACAAUUUCUGUUUGGGCAGACUGCCUCUGGUACCAGUAGCUUGGUCAGAAAUCAACGCGGCUUGGGGACAGGCAGCUUUGUUGCUGUCUGCCUUAGCCAGAAAGAUCAAUUUGACCUUCGACAGAUACAGGGUGGUGCCAUUUGGGAAUCAUUCCCGAAUUGAGGUGAUCGGUAAGCAGCAGGAGCUUCCGCUUUAUGGGAAUGGAGGAGUGAGAUACCUUUGGGAUACGAAAUUCGACAGUGCCAUGGUUGCCUUUUUGGACUGUGUUCAACAAUUUCAAGACGAACUAGCCAAACAGGGAAAACCGUUCGUUUUCCCUUAUCGAAUACACAGUACCAAGGGAAAGAUUGAGGAUAAUGGAAUUUGUUACUCAAUCAAGAUUCAGCUCAAUUCGGAAGAACAAUGGACAAAAGCCCUGAAGUUUAUGCUCACAAACUUGAAAUGGGGUCUCGCCUUUGUAACUUCUCAAAUUGGUACUGAAGGAGAGGAAUGUUAUAAUAAAUAAGUAUAUCGUUAUUAGAUGUUUCAUCAGUAUAUACUUACAAAUUAAAUUUAAUGUAACAUAGGACUAAUAUUGUAUUAUCAAUAUGAAAUUAUUAUAUUUUCUGUAAAUUAUUUAUUACAUACAGAUCAUUUCGUU